AUUUUUAGAUUCUUGUUAUUGUGUCUUUGGAAACUAUGAACAUCUGUCUUUAUUUAUCAUACGAUAAGCCCGACUCAAAUCACAUGAUUCAAAAUACCGAACCCACUGCCUAGUAUUUCAAGAUCUUGACCAUGGACCCGAAUCUCAGGGGAUUACUAUUCGCCCUCACAGUUUUAGCUCUCUCUGUCAAUGUCACCAGUAGGAAGGAUCUUUCAGCGGUAGCCCAGAACGACACUGCAUCCGCCCCGUCAGCAGAUAACACGCAUCAUGAAAAAAAAGGGACUAGCACUUUGUUUAUCGUAGAGAUUGUUCUUGUAAUAGCAUUACUCGGCAUGAUUGUCUCUGUGGCGAUUGUGAAGGUUACAAAAUCAAUAAAGAAAACGGAGAACAUGAAGAACAAUCUCCAAUCUUCCCCUAAAACUUCCAUUAUCAUGAGCUUGACAGAAGUCAAACAAGAAGAAACAAGUCAAGAUCUUGUUUUCUUUACAGAAGAAGAGCAUCGGUUUAAACUAGAAAAUCUUCUUGAUGCCGGGGCUGAUUUGCAAAACCAAAACUUCUGUAGCAGCCUUUACAGGGUUCAGCUCAACAACAAUGGUGAUUAUGCGGUCAAAAGAUUGAAGAAAUUACAGGCGUCAAACGCAGAAUUUGCAUGCACGAUGGCGAAAGUUGGGAAAAUAAACCAUCCAAACAUUCUACCUCUGGUGGCUUAUAGUUGUCAAGGUGAAGAAAAGCUUUUAAUUUACAAGUAUCAGAAUAAAGGAAGCCUUCUCUCCCUCAUGGAAAGGUACGUCGAGGGGAAACGGGAUUUCCCGUGGAAACUUCGGAUGUCUAUAGCGGUUGGUAUAGCAAAGGGUUUGGAUCAUAUAUACAAAAGCUUUGAAGACUCAGAGAUCAUUCCACAUGGAAAUAUAAAGCUUUCCAACAUUCUUCUAAACGAAAAUGAAGAACCACUAAUAAGUGAAUACGGGUACUCAAGUGUGCUUGAUCCAAAGAGUGUGUGUUUAUUCAAAUCCAACGGGUAUACAGCCCCUGAGAGAUCUUUAUCAGAACAAGGCGAUGUGUACAGUUUUGGGGUGAUCCUUUUGGAACUGUUAACGGGAAAGAUAGUGGACAACAGUGGAUUAGAUCUACCAAAGUGGGUGAAAGCAAUGGUUAGAGAAGAAUGGACAGGUGAGGUUUUCGAUAAGGAGAUCGCAAAGGUUGGAAUGUUUGGUUUUCCUUUGUUAAACAUUUCACUUAAAUGCGUGGCUCAUUUUGCUGAGAAUCGACCUACAAUGGCUGAGGUUUUAGAGUCGAUCCUUGGAGUUGUUGAUGAAGAUCUUUCGUGUUCAUCAGAAGAGUCCACCCCUCGAGAUGGUCGCGUGCUAUAUUCAGUGGCAGAGGAGGAGGGUUGAGGAUAUCGGUUUUUAGUUGAGUUCUUUUUAGUUAAUUUAUUUAUGUAUAUAGAGAAGCAGUGACGAGUUCCUACUUCCUAGUUAAGUAAUUCAGUUGUCUAGUUCAUUCGAAUUCUGCUAAAGCUCAAACGAAAUCUAAAGUUACAUAAAAGAAGCUUUAAGGGUUGGGUGUUAAAGAUCCGGGAUAUAAUAAAAUUGACAUUUCAGUUCCUUGUGUACC